CGCACACUCUGAGCUCGCCCGAUCCUUCUCACCUCCAUCACUCUCCUUCCUCGGCUCGUACACGUCGUGGCACCCGAGACGCCCGCAUCCGUCGCACCUCAAGCGACGGCUAGCUCCAGCAGCCGUCAGUGCGCGGGCCGACACUCCAGCCAAGAUGCCUCGCGCCUCCUUCUCCGGCAUCGCCGAUGCCUCCUUCCCGGCUGCACCGCUGGCGCCGCUGCCGGGGCCGUCCACUUCCACGCCCGCAGCAUCUCCUUCCAAGAAGCGUCGCGCCUUCAGCAAGCGACGGCAGCGCAAGUCUGAGUCGCGUGCUGCUCCGGAGCCGCUGGAGCAAGUGAGCCACGCGACAUCGAGGAGCAGCAACGGCGACCACGACUCGCGCAGCAAGCGCUCCCAUCGCGAGCGCAGCCGCAGCCGGGCUCGUGCGCCGUCACACUCGCGCUCGCGUGCCCGAUCUAGCAGCAGGCGCCGCCGCCACUCGUCGCCGAGCUCCCCCUCGGACUCGGGCUCAGACUCAGACGAAGGCUCCAGUGAGGAGACGGAGAGCGAGAGCAGCGAGGACCGCGGCCGCUCCUCCAAGCGACGGCGCUAUGCCUCCAGCCGCGCUCGCAGCAGAAGCGUAGCGCCGCUGCUCGACUAUCCGCUCGCAACGUUCAUCCUGCCCGAUCAGCGCAACUUCCAGCGCAUCCUCGACAACAAGAUGUAUUUCAACGCGGCGCUCGACUUUGCUGCGAGCAAGGUCGGCGGCCUCGUGGCGCUGGCGUACGACGGCGAGACGGGCCAUCGCGUCGAGCUCGAGGACGACGAGGACUUCCGCGCCUUGAGACUCACAGCCGCUGCCAAGGGCGCGAUUGCCAUCUACGUCCGCCGCCGCGCCAACUCUGCGGUCGUGGUGCAAGUGCCGAACCCUGCUGCGCCCGCGCCUGCUCCUGCGCCCGCACCUGCCAAGAAAGGCAGACAGUCAGUGCAGAAGAGCGUCCCAGUCGCGGCCAGGCCACCGGCGCAGAGCGCACCUGGUCCCUCGCGACCUGCAGCCGCUGUGCAAGGGCCGCCGCAGCCCGCUGCUCCUCAGACCGCUGCGCCUCGCAAGGGCAAAGCUCCGGUGCAGAAGGCACCCGCGCCGGCCGCCGCUGCUGCACCUGCUGCUCCAGUGCAACCGCCUGUCGCAGCAGCAGUGCAGCCCUCAGCCGUCCGCUCGACGUCUGCGUCAUCUGCAUCGUCGUCGUCGUCCUCGUCAUCAUCGUCCGGCUCAAGCCGCGAGCAAAGCGUGGCUGCAGCUGACGUGCCGGCUCCGACGCCCACGAUCCCUGCAAGCAGAAGUGCAGCUCUGCCUCAGCUCGACCUAGCCAUCUCGACCUCAGAGUCCGAGCCUCUGCAGCACGGACUCAACCGGGCUGCUGGCUCUCGCGCGUCGAAUCCUCUCGUACCCUCGACGAGCGAAGAGGACUCGCCGUCGGUCGACUCUGACUUGCCGCUGCGCGACCGGCAAGCCGCAGCACCUGCAGCUGCUGCGCCGCCGCCGCCUCGAGAGCUCUCGCCGUACAUUCCGCCCUCGCUGCGCCAGCCGCCGCCGCCGACCGCGACUGCGCCUGCCGGCCCUUCGCGCCUGCAGCCCAUCGUCCCGGCGCCAGCCAAGGCUGUCAACGGCAAGCGCAAGCGCGGUGCAGAGAGCGGAUCCGAGUACUCGGAGGGCGAGGGAAAUGGCGAAUCGACGGACACUCGGCCAAUGGCGAAGAAGAAGCGCCGUGGUGGCAAGGCCGCGCGCAGGGCUGGAUCGCGCAGCCAAGAUGAUGCUGGGACCAGUGGCGCCGCGCCCGCGCCGCAAGCUCAGCCCACUGCAGAGGCGCCAGCUCCGCCUACUCGUGCUGAGGCCUCGCCGAGCGGUGCUCAGAGCGGUGCGGCUGACGACGAGGCUCCGCCGGCCGAGGCUCUCGUCAAAGAGAAGCAGAAGAGAGCGCCGCGGCAGGUCAAGCCUGACGACCCCUGCGGCAUCUGCAGCAGCAAGACCCAACAUGAGCCGGAGGCAUGCCCUCUGGUACUCAAGGGACGCGCCGCCAUCGAGAAGCGCAUGGGCGAGCUGAAGGAGAAGAAGCAGUCGAAGAAGCAAUUCGAGCGCGUCGCUCAGAAGGCGCUGCAAGCAUGGCUCGACGAGAACAAACCCGCCAAGGAGCCGUCAGCGACGAAGAAGGUCCGUGCCUCUGCCGCCGCCGCUCAAGCAUCAGGCGAGUCGACCGAGGCAGCUGAAGGCCCCGCAUUGGGCCGCGGGACAAGCGCCAAUGCUGAUGCCUCAAUCUCGGGCUCGGCGACUGCUCCGGCAUCGAACAGACAAGGCACGCAAGUAGUCGAGACCUCGGCGUCGGCCAAUGGCCAUCCAGCGCCGGCCGCCUCGUCGAGCGGCGCAGCGAAUGGCGUUGCGGAGAGCGAAGCAUCAGAGGCGGAGCCUGCCGGCGUCAACGGCGCAGCCCACGAGGGCGCGGGCGCGACCGCAUCAUCGGAUACGCGCGACGCCGAGCCGAUCGUUGUGGACGACGACGAGGAGACCGCUGCUGCGCCGUCGCGCCGCAAGAAGCGCACGCAGGCCGAGAUUGCGCAGGAGCGCGACCGCGUGCGGGCCGAGAAGGCCACGGAGACGCAGCAGCGUCUGGACAGAGAGGUGCAGACCGCUCGCCAGAAGGUGGCGCAGAUCCGCGAGCAGCAGGCGCGCGAAAAGGGUGCCGGCGUCGCCGGCCUUACUUCUGCGCAGCGACAGAAGGCUGAGGCGGCUGCCAAGCGGGCCGAGAAGGCAGUCUCAAAAGCGAAGGAGCGCAGAGAGAAGGCUCUGAUCGAUGGCAUGCGUAUGGCCACUUCGUCGGCCGCCGAUGAUGAUGACGAUACCCGGCCGACCACACCCACGCGCACGCAGGGCCGCAGCGCAACACCGCCCUCAGCGCAGCCGGUCGGUCAGCGACGCCGCGCCGACGCCUCGCCCCCCAACGCAGUCGCUGGCUCUUCUUCUGCCGCCGCCUCGUCGCCUGCUCCGGCCGCCGCAAGCCGGCGCGCGAAUGCUGCGCGGAACGGCUCGAAGGCAGCAACUGACAGCUCAGCGCCGUCGUCUUCUGCGCCUCACUCUACGCAGAGCCUGCUGGCGAAUGUCUCGCGCCCGAUCUCGCCUGGCAGUGAGUUCGACGAGCUCGCCUCGCAGGCGGGUCAGGAGACACCGGCGGCUCGACUGGCUGCCUCGCAAGCGCCGCAGCCUCAGCCGAACAGCGACGAAGCGCCCGCAUCGCCGUCGAAGGACAAGCGCAAGUCGGCAUCGCCACGCAAGAAGGCUGCUUCGCCGCAAAAGGGCAGUCAGGCACCCAGCCAGGUACCCAGCCAGGCACCUGCUGUCGAGCGCGUCCGUUCGCCGCUGCCGGGCCUUACGUCGCCCACGCGCUCGGAGGACGAGGUGGGCACCAGCCCGCAACUGCAGGCCGUGACGACGGAAGACUCGCGCUCGGAGCACGAAGUCUCGCCGGCAGCCUCCCUGCCGCCUCCGCGGGCUACCGCCGGCUCGCAGGCCGGGCCCAGCGGCAGCCCAUCUGUGCCGCCCUCUCCACCGGCGGCGAGUGCUCGCGAGCGCGCCGAUGCCGGCCUCUUCCUGCAGACACAGCUCGGCUCGCAAACGCUGGCCUCGCAGACGCAGCCCUCGCAGACGCAAGACUCGCAAACGCAGCCCUCGCAAGCGGCACAGCACGAGCGGCAGCAGUCCGGGCCUAACCUGCCCGAGUCGCAACUGCGCCGUCCGCGCCGCUCUAGCGCAGCGUCGCGCGCCAGCUCAGACACGUCGGACGACUCGGACGACGAUGCGACGGGCAACGAGGCGGCGCAGGAGAGCGAGGCGGAGGGCAGCGGCGAGGAGGAGGUGGAGCAGGACGACGGCGAGCAGACGGCCCAGGCCGAGCAGAGCCGGGCGCAAGCAAACGGCCACGACGACGCAGACGACGACAGCGUCGACGGCGCCUCGGGCUCCGAGCGCGACGACGACGAGGUCCAAGAGCCCAGCAGCUCGACAGACUCGUCCGACGACGAUGCCGAGUCGGACGCGCCGGACUCGAUCGUCAACGAGCCUGACGCUCCGGCGCCGGCUGCGGAGGAGGAGGAAGACGACGAGAUCAGCAGCACGCCGCAGACGGCCUCGGCGCCUGCGCCGUUCAACCCUUUCCUGCAUCUCAGCAACCUGCGCUCGCGCUUCAGCAGCGGCGGCGCUGCGGCCACGCAGCCUGCGGGCGGCAGCAAGCCGCUGGCCGUCUCGCGCCCUGCCGGACCCAAGCGUCUCUCCGAGCUGCAAGUGUCCAAGCUGCGUGGCUCGGUGUCGCAGCCCGUCUCGCCCAGCACGUCCGUCACUUCCAACGGCACGCAGUCGGGCCGCGUCGCAACGGGCCAGGCGGCGCGGGAGACCUCGUCGGUCAGUGGUGCGGACAGCGAGGCAUCGUCCGGCGACGACGACUCGUCGUCCGACUCGGACUCGGACUCUGACGCCGAGGCCUCCUCUGCUGCUGCGACCAGCUCGGUGCCGGCUCGCCGGCUCGCCAGCAGCGCGGCCAAGAAGAAGCCGCGCCGGCCGCGCGCCUCGCUCUUCGACGGCCUGUGACUGCGUGUGCGCUCUAUUUAUUCGUCUUCCACUCCUCCAUCUCCCUCAUCGUGUACAGUAUCGAGUCACUAGGCACAGCGUCAUCCUCAC